AAUAGUGAUUAUUUAUUUAAAUUAUUAUUGAUUGGUGAUUCGGGUGUUGGUAAAUCAUGCCUUUUGUUACGUUUUGCUGAUGAUACAUAUACAGAAUCGUAUAUAUCAACUAUUGGUGUUGAUUUUAAAAUUCGUACAAUUGAAUUAGAUGGUAAAACAAUUAAAUUACAGAUUUGGGAUACAGCUGGUCAAGAACGUUUUCGUACAAUAACAUCAUCAUAUUAUCGUGGUGCACAUGGUAUAAUUGUUGUUUAUGAUGUAACCGAUAUGGAAACAUUUCAAAAUGUUAAACAAUGGCUUCAAGAAAUUGAACGUUAUGCAUGCGAUAAUGUUAAUAAAUUAUUGGUCGGUAAUAAAGCUGAUGUGGUUGCUAAAAAAGUAGUCGAUUAUACAACAGCCAAAGAAUUUGCUGAUAAUCUAGGCAUUCCAUUUAUCGAAACUUCAGCCAAACAGGCUACAAAUGUUGAACAAGCAUUCUUGAUGAUGGCAUCGGAAAUUAAAUCACGUAUAGGUCCAUCAACUGCUUCCAACAGAGAUACCGGUGGACAAACUAUUAAUCCAGGACAGACAACUUCGAUUAAUCAAAAAUCAAGUGGAUGUUGUUAGAAAACAAAAAAAAAAUUCAUUACAUCAUUCAUUUUCGAUUCAAAACAAAAAAAAAACAAUCUUUUAUUGCCUGCUGCUGCUGUUACAUAAUCGUUGUUCAUUUGAACAUACCCAUUCAACAACAACAACAAAAAAAAAUAGUUGUCUUUAUAAUACAUCAAGCAUCUCUCUCUACCUAAUAUCUUGUUUCGGUGAAUUCAAACCAAAACUAAAUGUUUUUUUUAAUUCAAAAGUUUGGCGGCAAUAUUUCAAAUAUUUCAACAACAACAUCAACAAAAAUUGAUUGUCAAAUUGAUUUCUCUCCCUCCCUUCAUAUAUUAUCUUUACACAAUCUUCACACUCACACACACACACACGCAUACAUUGUCACAAAAUACCUACACCCAUAAUAUACUUUAUAAUAAUAAUGAUAUUUAACAACAA